AAUCAACUUCUACUCCUCUCCUCGCUGGAUAUUCUCUUGUUUUAUCUCUUUAAAAAGACAACCAGACCAGACUGGAAUUAGACCGGAGCAAAGACACGACUUUGUUCCACAUUGCUGCUGCUGAAUAGCAGAGCUUGAGCCGAGUUAGAAUUCCUUUUCCACCCCACUACUCGCCAUCGCUAUGUCGCAUACCCUCUCGCAGAAAUAUCUUAGUACACGGGGUGCUUCCUCCGGUCUUUCUUUCGAAGAUGUCGUUCUCAAAGGAUUGGCCUCGGACGGUGGCCUCUUCAUCCCUGAGCACAUCCCUGCCCUCCCUGCCAACUGGGAAGCCGAAUGGCGGAAUCUGAGUUUCGAAGAGCUUGCCUUCCAGAUAAUGUCUCUCUACGUCUCGGAGUCGGAAAUCCCUGCGAACGACCUCAAGGACAUCAUCAACCGCUCGUACUCGACCUUCCGCCACCCUGAACGGACUCCCUUGGUUGAAUUGGACAGCAAGAAGAACCUCCACCUGCUCGAACUAUUCCAAGGUCCUACCUCCAGUUUCAAGGAUGUAGCCCUUCAGACACUCGGAAACCUGUUUGAAUACUUCUUGGUGCGGAAGAACCAAGGCAAGGAGGGCAAGGAGAGGCACCACUUGACUGUUAUUGGUGCUACCAGUGGAGAUACAGGGUCUGCGGCCAUCUACGGUCUUCGGGGAAAGAAGGAUGUGUCUAUUUUCAUCCUGUUUCCCGAUGGACGGGUUUCACCUAUCCAGGAAGCUCAGAUGACCACUGUCCUGGAUGCCAAUGUCCACAACCUCACUGUUCAGGGUUCUUUCGACGACUGCCAGGACAUUGUCAAGGCCUUGUUUGCGGACCCUGAGCUGAAUUCCACACACAACCUGGCUGCCGUCAACUCCAUCAACUGGGCUCGUAUCCUGGCCCAGAUGACCUACUACUUCUACUCCUACUUCUCGUUAACCAAGACCCCCGGUUACAACAAGGACUCGAAGAUGCGCUUUGUUGUUCCAUCUGGAAACUUUGGCGACAUCAUGGCUGGAUGGUUCGCCAAGCGCAUGGGUCUCCCUGCUGAGAGACUGGUGAUUGCCACCAAUGAAAACGACAUCUUGGACCGUUUCUUCCGCAGUGGCGGCCACUACACCAAGGACACAGGAUCCGGCGUCAAGGAAACCCACAGCCCUGCUAUGGACAUCCUCGUCAGCAGCAAUUUCGAGCGUCUCCUCUGGUUCCUUGCCUUCGAAACCGACUCCGCAACCUCCGAGGACGAACGCCGCAAGAAUGCCUGCCAGAGUGUCAGCAACUGGCUCAACCAGCUCAAGUCCCAGGGCGGCUUCAGCGUUCCCACUGCUAUCCUUGAAGGCGCCAAGGCCGACUUUGAAAGCGAGCGCGUCAGCAACGAUGAAACCAUCACGCAGAUCCGCUCUACCUACACCUCCUCCUUCCCCACCAAUGCCACCCCCGGCAGCGCCAAGAGCUCCAAGACCGGUGGCUACAUCCUGGACCCUCACUCCGCUGUCGGUGUCGCGGCGUCCCUGCGUUCUGGCGAGCGCAACCCGGCGAUCAGCCACAUCUCACUUUCCACCGCCCACCCAGCCAAGUUUGUCAGCUCUGUUGACCUUGCGCUGCGUGACCUGGAUGGCUACAACUUCGAGGAGGUACUUCCGGAGGAGCUUGUUGGAAUCGAGCAGCGGGAGACCAGGUCUACCCCUGUUCCUGCUGGUUCUGGUUGGCAGGGCGUGCGGGAGCUUGUGAAGGCAGAGGUUGAGCAGGAGUUGCAGGGAUUGCGGUAGUUAAUUUUCUUUUUAUUAUGUUUAGACGAUUUGGGAUCUCGUGCACGCAAUCUUUUAUAUAUCCUACAUUUCGUUUACUUAACGAGCGAAAGCAUAAGAUGUGAUGAGAUGAAUGCAUUAUAGAAUGAACGAUCUUGUGCCACAUCAGCAUUUUACACUAAUAUUCAAGGCAUAGCACCUUGCACGUGCACGGUUCCCGAGCACGAUGGGCAUCUGCUUGUCAUAGUGGUCUUCUUGUUUCAAUGGCAGAAGUUCGGGACUCAGGCAGUUGCACUAUCAUGUGUGCAUUGUAAGUUUUGCAGAUAUUCGCUACUUCAAAUCACGAUGACUUUGAUGAAUCCUUUCGGAUGUGAUGCGACAUAACCAUAACUCCAUUCUUUUUAUUACUAAACUCUAAAAACAAUCCAGU